AUGGGUGUUAACCAUUCUAUUGAAAAAAUCGGAGACGUGACAGCCGCCGCCAUCGAGAAGACUGGCAGGGAUUCCGUUGAAAGUGUGACCGUGAAAAUUGAGGAAAAUAUCAACAAUCUGCUCAAAACCCUCCAGCCCUUGUUUAAGUCUGCAGAAACGCCUCUUGUGGUCGCUGGUAUCAUUGCCUCAGGUGUUGGAUUCGCAGCUGCAUCCGCUUCAUUAUUCCGGUCAUACCAAGUGCUCACAGGAACGGACGCUACGUCCGCGCUGCUUAAGUUGGGCGUCAGUAUCGACAAAUCUCUGCGAACCGCUGCCGACAAUCUCGAGGCCAUGAACGCGCGACAGUGCCAGCGAGAAUUUCACAAACAUGUCUAUCAAUACGUAAACAUGAUGUCUCACGGUGCAAGUCCCGACACUUACUUUUUCGUCUUUCAUCCAGGUACCGAUUGGUAUCCCGCCUUUCACGAGAUGAACACAGAGCGGCCACUAGCAAGAUUCGCAGGCUAUUUCAGCAACUUCAAUACCAUGCAUGUUUAUCUCAAUGUCUUCCGCAAAGCCGCAGGACCUAUAUCGUACACCUGCUUAUGUUAUGUAUCCCGCCUGGCCCCGCGUUCCAACGUUACCGAUAGUCUUUGGAAAGCACCUAGCGCUUCCCUCCAACGCAAAAUCUUUGGGCUCGGGGACUGA